GAGAGUUUGUGGUUUUCAACAAUGGCAGCGAUAUCUCUACUCAGCAGUCAAUGUGUGCUAUUUUUUGAAUUCUCUAGCUAUAUAAGAAGCAGACACGUACCACAUACGUACUAUUACUGUCUGAACUAUGACUUUAGAUAUCAUAUACCUUAAAGUCGUUGUUGCAGUGGUAUUUCUACCAUUGUUUGCACGGGGCUUCUUAAUGGAUGGCAAUAUUACUACAAAUUCACCAGCUGUAGGGAUUACUACAGACUCUGUGAAGAAAAAUGGAACAACGAAAUUAGUCGAUGCAGGUAUAAAUGUUCCAACAAGAAUGCCAGCCAUUGUAAAUGGGGGUCAUACACCCAGCACGAUAGCUACAGUUCCUGUGAAUGUGCCGGUGACAUUAUACACACAUAGCCCGUCUACGAUAGCACCAAUUGUAUGUGAAGAUACAAUAGAUUCCUGCAGUCAAUACGGAAGAACACCAUGCACCGAGAAGAUUUACGAGGCCUGGGCAAAAGCACACUGUGCUCUACAUUGUGGAUUUUGUGCACCACCAAUUCCAGCGAACCAGUUUUGUAAGAAUAAACUAUCAAACUGUGCCGAAUACGAUUCUGGUAAUCUUUGUUCUGAUGACACAUUUUACACAUGGGCGUAUGACAACUGCAAAGGAUAUUGCAAAUUUGAUAUCUGUAAUGAUAGUUGGUGUGAAGACAGUAAAGGUGCAAACUGCCCACUUCUUGACUCAGCACUCAACCUUUGCUCAGACAUUCCAAAAGCUAAAAGCAUCUGUAGGAAAUACUGCAAUCUAUGCAAUGUCACUGACGGAAAGUGGUGUUCAUGGGGUCCUUGGAACAGCUGUGACGUCACAUGCGGGAAUGGAACUCGAACAAGAACAAGACAAUGCGCUUGUCCUAUGCCUCAAAAUGGAGGCAGUGAUUGUGUUGGUGAUUACGAAAACUCAGUGACGUGUUCACUAGACCGCUGUCCAGUGCAUGGUGGCUGGAGCACGUGGUCUGACUGGGGUACCUGCAGUACAUCUUGUGGGAUAGGAUUAAGAAGACGAGACAGGCACUGUAAUAAUCCCUACCCAUCAUUGUAUGGAGAUCACUGUUUCGGUGAAAACAUAAACUAUGAUGUUUGUGCGGAUGAUAUGUGCACAAGCGGUAAAUGGACAGAAUGGGGAGAAUGGGAUGCCUGUAGUGUAACAUGUGACGUUGGUCUGAGAAGAAGAGAACGUAACUGCACUGUGUCAAAUGUACUUCUUCAAACAUGCACCGGAGAUUCGUUUGAAAUUGAAAUAUGUACUACCACUGCCUGUCCAGCAUAUGUACGCUUAGUAAAUGGAACACAUAGGUACGAAGGAAGACUGGAAGUGAAGCACAAUGGAGAAUGGGGAACUGUCUGUGAUGAUGGAUUUGGCAAAGAAGAAGCUCGAGUAGUUUGCAGAAUGUUAAACUUACCUUGGAGUGGUGCACACGUUUACUCUAGAGCACAGUUUGGACGAGGGUCAUUGCCAAUGCUAUUGGACGACGUAGUGUGUACCGGCUCGGAGAUGAACCUGAUUGAUUGUUCCCAUCGAUCUUGGGGUACAAAUAAUUGUAGUCAAGCCGAGAAUGUUGGAGUAUCGUGUCAGCCAUAUCUGCACAUUCGUCUUGUUGGAGGCAGCACUUCCCACAGAGGACGCGUGGAGGUGUCUAUAGACGGUAGCAAUUGGGGUACAGUGUGUGACGAUGGAUUCAAUAACAACGCCGCUAAAGUUGUGUGCAGAAUGUUAGGCUAUCCAACAUCAAAUGCACGAUAUAACACCAGCAUCAGUCAAGGCACUGGACCAACAUAUCUUGAUCAAGUCGUUUGUACUGGCUCAGAGACAUCCUUGCUCUUGUGUAAACACAACUUAUGGGGUGAUGAAGACUGUGGUCACAAUGAAGAUGUCGGAGUUGUGUGUGCUUAAAAACUGACAUACAAUUUUAAUUUCAUUUUAAUUCAAUUAUUACUGAUUUAUCAAAAAAGAAGCAUUGCUCCCUAAAAUAACUUGUUUUUAAUGAUAUUGCGCUAACACUUACAUUUAUAUAUUCAUGAUAACAGUACUUUACAUUUUAUUUAAACUUUACUGACAAGUUGAUAUACAAAACAAAUUUGUUAACAAAGUCAUAUAAUCGGAAGACAUUACACUCGCAAGUUACUAUAUUGUAUUCUCGUAAUAGAUGAUUUUCUCUCGGUUCGUUCUUUAGUUUCGGAAGUAAGAUUUCGCGCAUGCGUACUCUACGUAGGACAAAAAGACAUGACCACAGAAUGUGAACUACAUUAAAGUUAUAUCAAAUUUCAAUCAGUUGGGUCAAUAUGACUCUGUAUUGUAAUAUAUUAUCUACGGAAAGUGUAACAUCCCAACUCUUAAAGACCUUAAACUAAUAAAGA